UAACAUGCAUACAAGGUUUAAAUUUGAAAGCAUUUUAGGUUGCGUUGUUGAUCCGUGUGUUUACAAAGGUAGUGGGUAUACUGUUGUCAAUAUAAACCACUGUCGCUUUCUGCCAAUGCUAGUUCUUUGGGGCCCAUUAUAGAGAGUAAAAGGAACAAUUUUAAGAUGAGGUCCUUCAUAAUUUUGUGUUGUCUGGUGGCAGCAGUGUUUGCAGCUGACAAAUAUAACUCAAAAUAUGACAACUUCGACGUGGAUACGUUAAUUACCAACGACAGAUUACUUAAGGCAUACAUCAAUUGUUUCCUUGACAAAGGACGGUGCACCCCCGAGGGAUCAGAUUUUAAAAAGACACUACCUGAAGCUGUAGAAACCGUCUGCGCUAAAUGUACAGAGAAACAGAAGCUCAACAUUAGAAAAGUGAUCAAAGCUAUCCAGCAGAAGCAUCCAAAGCAGUGGGAGGAAUUGGUCAAGAAGAACGACCCAAGUGGCAAGCAUCGCGCCGACUUUGACAAAUUCAUCCAGGGAAGCUAAAUGUCAAAGAUAUUUCGAUACAGGUCGAAUAUGGAUAGUUGAAGUUUUUGAUUUUGUUAUAUUUUUUUUAAAUUCAGAUUGAAAAUUUAAAUAUUAAUGAAAUACCACCGGUCGUUAAGUACAUACUUAUUUUUAUUAUUGAAAUAGUUGAAAUUGUAGUGACCUCACAAAAUUUAAGUUUUGCAUUGAUAGUUUGAUUGACAUCUAUAGAUAGCUUCAUAAUUUGUUAAUUAUAAAAAAAUAGAAAUACUUGAGAUUAUUGCUUAUAUGUUACAUAAGGAGAAACUACAACGUUAUAUCUAACCCGUGGCAUUUUCAACUUAUUUGUCACUUAUAUUACGGGAUAUUGUGGUUUAAUUGUUAUUAUUUAUUAAACAAAUUAAUUUUAUAACUAGGUCGUCUAAAUUAGAUGUCGAGUGUUAGUCAUGACAAUACGUACCGACUGAUGAUACUUUUAAUAAAUAAAAUUUAUAAUAAUGUGUCUUAA